CUCCGGUAUACUGAGCUUGGAUGAUGAUAUUAUACGCGGCUCUUUUCUAUUACGCUGUGAAAAAUUCAUUAAUUUUUAUACCCGAAUCCUGUUCUCUUUCUACUUCUUCUUCUUCGAGUAAUAAUAAUAAUAAUAGUCAUGCUUAAAAAGAUAAUCUCUCACCACGAAAUGCAUUAAAUUCCUCUUAAAGGCCAUGUUAUCAAUAAUUAUUUCCAACUAUUACGCCAAGUGUGUACUGCAUACCAUGCAUACGAACUAUAUAACGUGAACCUAACCUGAAAUUGAAAAACCACAAUUACACAGACCAUUGCUAAUGGAUAAUCCUACAGUAAUAAUCCCUUUUCCAUUCAUUUAAUAUAAUGAUAUUUUGUCAGUCGACUACAAACAUGAGUGUAACAAGUAUUGAACAAGAUGACUCUGUUGAUGGCAAGAAGUACAUGUCAGCUUACCAAAGUUUGACAUUCAAUUUAGCCCGACAAUGUGAAAAUAAUUCUGAUGGCUCGAGGAUUACUUUGGGUUUUAAAUACCUCAACAAUCGAUCGCUAUCGAGUGACUUUACAAUGACCCUUUUAAAAAGAAAUCUCGAGGAAUAUGCAGGGCGAAUGCAAAAUGAGCAGAAACGACUAGGAAAUGAGGAAAAAAUAAUAUCGACAAGACUGCUAUUCAAAUCAGGACUCAAAAAUGGGGAAAAUGAAUUAAUCAAUCUUGUAGAGCCCUUGCCAUGUGGAAAAGAACAAAUGAAACAUUGCAAAGACAGUUGGUUUUCCUACUUAUUAGACAGAGAUAUCAAGAAAGUCAUCCAAAACAUUGAUAGAACUGAUGAUGGUUUCAAUCAACAGCAGCAUCAUUUCAAUAAAAUUGAACACUACGCUCCUGGUGAUAUGUCAAAAUAUGACAAACGUAAGAAAUGGAUAAAUGCCACAAAAUCUCCAUCCAUCAGUGACGGUGACCUCAAUUGUCAUAUACAACAUGAUGAAAUAAAUAGGACUAACAGUAAUAAUUUGGGCAUUUUUCGAACAGCUAAUGUUAUUCAUCAAAUUAACGAUAAAAAUAUUGAUAAAUUGAAAAGGAAAAAUUCAAUUAAUAAUCAGUUUGUGUGUCCUAUCAAGAGAGAUAAUAAUAAGCGUCCUGAAACUGAUAAUGCAAUUAAAGUAGAAGUAGGCAGUGGUGAUGGUGAUGAGAGAUUGAAAAAUAUUGAUGAGAAAAUGAUUGAAUUAAUAAGAAAUGAGAUAAUGGACGGUGGAACUACUGUUGAAUGGGAGGAUGUUGCUGGUUUGGAGGGAGUUAAAAAAGUUAUCAAGGAGAUUGUUGUUUUUCCGAUGCUCCGGCCAGAUAUAUUCACUGGUCUUCGUCGUCCUCCAAAAGGAAUUUUGCUAUUCGGCCCACCUGGAACUGGGAAAACACUAAUUGGCAAAUGCGUGGCUUCCCAGAGUAAAUCAACAUUUUUCUCAAUAUCAGCUAGUUCAUUAACAUCAAAAUGGGUGGGAGAAGGUGAGAAAAUGGUGAGAGCAUUAUUUGCUGUUGCAAAGGUUCAUCAACCAUCUGUUGUUUUCAUCGAUGAAAUUGAUUCAUUAUUGACACAACGUUCUGAAACUGAACACGAAAGCUCAAGGAGGAUAAAGACGGAAUUUCUAGUGCAACUUGAUGGAGCUACGACGGGUGAUGAUGAUAGAGUUCUCGUUAUUGGGGCUACCAACCGACCUCAAGAGUUGGAUGAAGCUGCUAGACGAAGAUUCGUCAAGAGACUUUAUAUUCCCCUUCCAGAAAGCAAUGCCAGAAGACAGAUUGUUGAAAAUCUUUUGAGAAAUGAACGCCACAAUCUAACUCAAUCGGAUGUUAUCAAUAUCGCUCAACUAACACAAGAUUAUUCUGGAGCUGAUAUGGCCAAUCUGUGUAAAGAAGCCAGUAUGGGACCUAUAAGGAGCAUUCCAUUUGAUCAACUUGAGAAUAUUCAUAAAGACAGUGUGAGGUGUGUUACCCUUGAAGACUUUCAGCAAGCUAUCACUUUAGUAAGACCUAGCGUUUCACAGGCUGAUUUAAAUCUUUAUAUUCAGUGGGAUCAAACAUUUGGAAGUGGAACGGCUGGUACUACUCCAACAUAAAUCACAGUUCCUCACAACAAUAUUUAUUCUUAUAACUAUUAUCUCCACUUUUACAAUAAAUUUUAUAGGUACAUAGAUAAAUUUUCAAAAGCAAUUGUGGAUGAGUUUCUCAUAAAAUUAGACAAUUUUCUCCUCCCCCACGCUUUGUUUUGUUUCUCUUUUCAUAUAUCACAGAAAGUAUACACAAUGAGGAGUGAGGGGCUAUAAGUAUACCUGAAUAUUAUCAAGUUGUACAUCAAUUUUAAUUUCACCAUUUUUCCAAUAAACAGGCACAAAUUUUCCACUUGUCAUUCAAACAUUAUCAAAGAGCUAAAAUACACACUAAAAAUGAUGUUUGGAUUACUUUGACAUCUCUCAUCUCUAGAAUAUGAGGAAUUAUUAACAUUGUAUAUGUUCAGGUCACAUGGCAAUACACGGCAAUAAUUGAUACUUGAUAAUAUCAUUACAUUUUUUAUAAAGAAAAGAUGUGAAUUUUUCACAUACUUCGAUCGUUAACGAUCCAAAAACAUUCAACAAAAAAUUUACAUUAUUGGUAAAUUGUACAGGAUUCAUUAAAAUCCCCACACUUAGCAGUUAUUGUGAUUGAUAUUGUAGAAUUUAAUUCUCAAAAUACCAGAAACAUUUAUGCACGAGUUAUUCUAUAAAUAUAAGAAUUUUUUUUUUUUUUGGCACAAUCAGACAGAGAAUCACAGAUGGAAUAAUUGUAUUUAUAUACAGGUAGAUUAUAUGAGAGGAUUGAUUUUAAUUAUUAAAAAUUCAAAUUUCAUCAGAUCUUACGAUGCUUGAGAAUGAGCCCUCUGUAAUAUUAUAGAGAUUAUGGAAGCCUUGAUUUAUUUGGCAAAGAAAAUUUUGGCGUUUUGUCAUCAUAUCAACAUUAAUGUUAAUGAGUAUUAUCCUUUAUGAAUCUAAAAUAAUAUUUCUCCACAGAAAGUGUUAGGUCCAAGAGUUGUUAUGGGGUAGUUAAUUAACAGAAAAUUAAUAUUACCGAUUGAAUUUAUAAUUUAACUCAUUAUACGCCAAUUGGGCAGUACAUCGGCCAUCGAAGUUGAGAAAUAUGAUGAAACAUUGUAAACAACCGUUUCACCACCAGCCAAGAUAGCUGCAAAAGAUCCAUAAGUGCCGUAAUCAAUAAUACUGUGAUUGCAAGCAGCUAAUACUGCUAAAUCUUUGCCCACUCCCCGUGCCUCUAUAUCAGAAAUGAAAGUUAUUUUAUGAGUA